CCCGCGCGCCUCAACCGGAAGCGGAUGUUGUCUGUUUUGAUGACGUUUUGUGAUCCGACUCCACGUAGCAACAUAAGUGCAAAAAAGAAAACAUGGCGGAAACACAGGAGAAGCAGGAAAACGGGAGCAAACAGCUGUUUGCAGGAUUAUCAGAUGUCUCCAUAUCAGGAGAUAUUCCAGUGGAGGGGGAGAUCACGGUUCCUAUGUCCUCGCAGUCACAAGAAGAUGACUUUUCUACAUUGGAUGAGCCAGUUAGGGACACCAUUAUGCGGGACUUAAAGGCUGUUGGGCAGAAGUUUUUUCAUGUUAUGUACCCCAAAAAGAGUAAUGCACUUCUGAGAGACUGGGAUUUAUGGGGCCCUCUUGUGCUUUGUGUCUCACUUGCGUUAAUGCUUCAAGGUGGCUAUGCCAACAGCAAAGAUGAUGGCGGUCCCCAGUUUGCUGAAGUCUUCGUGAUCAUCUGGUUUGGGGCGGUGGUCAUUACACUGAAUUCUAAGCUACUUGGCGGAACCAUUUCAUUCUUCCAAAGUCUGUGUGUGUUGGGAUACUGCAUCCUGCCCCUGACAGUGGCCAUGCUGAUAUGUAGGCUACUGCUCUUCGCAAGUGUAAGCACGGCGAUAUUCAUCCUGCGGCUGGUCAUAGUGACAGUAAUGUUUGGCUGGUCUACUUUCGCCUCAACUGCUUUUCUGGCGGACAGUCAGCCCCCCAACCGGAGAGCCUUGGCAGUCUAUCCCAUAUUCCUAUUCUAUUUUGUCAUCAGCUGGAUGAUCCUGACCUUCAACCCUUCUUCCCUUUAGUUCGGAUGAGUGUCUCAUUACAGAAGGACUUCAAUGGGCUUGAAGACUAGCACUUUUCUGGUGGAAUAAAGAUCACAUGACAUCAGUAUCUAAUUUGGCACAAAUGCUGAUAUGGAAGCGGGGAAAUACACUGGUGUCUGCAGCAGUCCAAGGAGCUUUGGUGUAGUUUUUCUGUACAUAGCCCUGCACUAAAUCUAUAGCCAUCUAUGGUUUUCCCACUGCUCAUCUGCAUUCUAGGAGGUUGUACUUCAUCACAAGAAUUGUGACAUCUAGGUCUGUUGCUGUACUGGGAAUGUUUACUAAGAUGCAUGUAAUUUAAAAAGUCAUUACUUUUCUUGGGGCUCGAGCACAUGACCGUGAUCAGCCUGGUAUCCACAGUCCAGGUGUCUGCUGCAUCUCCUGAUUUGAACGGACUGUUAAUUAUGGUUUAUGAUCAAGUCAGUCUUUGUCUGAUGUCAGAGCUAUUGUAAUGUGUGUGGAGUGCACUGCAAUAGCUCUGCCACCAUAUAGAUUGACUGUAUCAUAAAUAUAUAUAGUCAGUGGAGCUGCAUCUGACACAAACCAUUUCCCAUGGUUGACUGCAGUCGUUAGCAUGAGCCCUUAGUUGCAUCCUGUUGGCUUAUACUCUCGUCCAGUGAUAGGCUUGUAAAUCAAAGGACAGUGAAAAAGAAUUGCCUAAUUAUUAUAAUGUGCAAGUACAAUAAAAGUAACCAUGCAAUGAAAACUGACAUCUCAAGGGACACCGACUGGCCUUGACCAGCUUAAUAUGUGUAAAUGUAAUACUGCCUUUAUGUUUACUGCUUUAGACACUUUAUGCCAAUAGCAGCAGAUGAAGAGUUCAAAGCUCCGGAGCAAAAGGAGCAUCCUUGGAAUUACUAAAGGAGACUGGGAAAUGCAUACAGUGAGGCCUUUCUUAUCCUGUUCAAAUGCACAUAUCCAACCGGAUUACAUUUAAAUAACCAGUGGACACUGGUUAUGUCCAUAUACUGUAUGUAUGAAUGUUAUGCAUAUGGAGUAUAUGCUAGAAGCAGUUGACUCAAAGAUAAAUGUAAAUGACAGAAGAAUCUGCUACAAUGGGACUAUGCAUUGCUUUCUCUCAUGUGCAGGGCCGAAUGAGUAUAUUCAAUUACUACUGUGCUUAUUUCUUUCUUGGGGGUGUUAUAGCACAUUUGGAGAGCGGUCAGCUGUGAAUUUCUUUAAAUAUGAUUUGUUAUUAAAUUGUAUAAUGCAAUCUCUAUAUUUAUAAUUUAUUAAACUUCUUUUUUUUUUUAUAUGAA